GCAGCGACAUCUAAGGCAUAGUUCGGUAGUCCGUUAACUCUACGCGAAUCACUCCUUUAGUGCCAUCUGUGUUUUUCCGCCCAAAAAAUACCCUCACAGACUGUAGAUUCGUUACUUCCCUUUUCGUUUCUCAGGCAAAUUUUCUUACUCAGUGUCUGUAGCAUUUUAAUUAUGAUGGAGAAGGGAGAUCCUUCACAGAAAUUAUAUACAAGGAUGCGACUUUGGGAAUUUCCAGACCAGUAUGUUGUUGAGCCUACUGAUGGAUCCUGUGGUUCGUGCUUGGAGAUCAGCCGCGUAGAUGGGUCUGUGAAACUAAUAGAUGAGGUUCCAGAAUGCAAUUCGGUUCGUGUUCCCAAAAUUCAGAAAAUAUUUGGUGUUAUUGGCAUACUAAAGCUUUUGGCUGGUUCAUAUGUACUGGUCAUAACGGACCGUGAAUGUGUUGGAUCCUACUUUGGGCACCCUAUCUUCAAAGUUUCAUCGAUGAAAUUUUAUCCUUGUGAUCAGUCUCUCAAGAACUCUACUGCUGAAAAGAAAAACAUGGAAGCUCAGUUUUCGGCACUGCUUAAUGUCAUAGAGAGGACUCCUGGUCUGUACUUCUCUUAUGAUGUCAAUAUAACAUUGAGUGCUCAGAGACUGCAUGAUUUGGGUGAUGAAUCCAAGAUGCUUCCUCUCUGGAGACAAGCGGACCCUCGAUUUGUUUGGAACAACUAUAUGAUGGAACAACUGAUAGAUAACAAGCUUGACCCGUUCUUGCUUCCUGUUGUCCAAGGCAGUUUUCACAAUUUCCAAGCUGCAAUUGGAAAAGACAUUAUUGAUGUUACGCUGAUUGCUAGGAGGUGCAACAGAAGAGCUGGCACUCGAAUGUGGAGAAGAGGGGCUGAUUCUGAUGGAUUUGUUGCAAAUUUUGUGGAAAGCGAGCAAAUUAUCCAGUUGAAAGGGUAUACAGCAUCAUUUGUUCAGGUCAGGGGCUCAAUCCCAUUACUAUGGAAUCAGAUUGUUGAUUUGACAUAUAAACCCAAGUUUGAGAUAGUGAGAAUUAUAGAAGCACCUAGAGUUGUUGAGCGGCAUUACUUGGACCUGAGAAAAAAGUAUGGAAAUGUACUAUCAAUUGAUCUCGUCAAUAAGCAUGGAGGAGAAGGACGCCUAUGUGAAAAGUUCGCAAAUGCAAUGCAGCAUGUUGCUGCUGAUGAUGUGAAAUACUUGCACUUUGAUUUUCACCACAUAUGCGGGCAUGUUCAUUUUGAACUCCUUUCUAUCCUCUAUGAUCAAAUUGAGGAUUUUUUCAUUAAAAAUAGGUAUUUUCUGUUAAAUGAGAAAGGUGAGAAAGUUGAACUGCAACUUGGAGUUUUGAGGACCAACUGCAUUGACUGCUUAGACCGUACAAAUGUAACUCAGAGUAUGCUAGGUCGGAAAAUGCUCGAAUUCCAACUGAGAAGGCUUGGUGCUUUCGAUGCUGAAGAAACUAUUAGCUCCCACCCCAACCUUGACGAAAGCUUCAAACUCUUGUGGGCCAACCAUGGGGAUGAUAUAAGCAUCCAGUAUUCUGGUACUCCAGCUUUAAAGGGAGAUUUUGUCAGAUGUGGUCACAGAACAGCCCAGGGGGUUCUCGCUGACGGAUGUAAUGCCCUAACACGAUACUACUUGAACAAUUUUGUUGAUGGUACUAAACAGGAUGCAGUUGAUUUAUUGCAAGGACACUAUAUUCCAGCUGUCUCUCGAGAUAUGAAACCAUCAUCCCAAAAAGGAAGCAUUGAGACUAAAGCUUCGUUUCCUCUGGCAUUGGCACUAAUAUUGACUGGGUUGUUCUUUGCAAUGUUGUCGCUAAGGAAAGUUCGGCAUGAUCUCCGGAGUCUGCUAUAUGCAGUGGUUUGGGCAAGCAUAAGUUUGGGCAUAGCUGCAUUUGUGAGAGCCAAUGGUCGAAUGUUCUGUAACAGGCCUAGCCUGCACCAAUCAAGGCGUUGAUUUUGGGUUCAGAAUGCUUGGUAGGAGCUAUGUUUGCUAGAAUUGCCAGAUUUUUCAUAUGCUUUGUAAAAAAUUUGGUUAUUGUGUGUUCUUUUCAUGUCUUUGAUAAUUUUCUUUUUGAUCAUUCAUUUAAAAGGUCCUAGUUACAUGAUUAUUUGUAUAUUGAAAUGGUUCUGAGUUGAUAUUUCUAGAAAUUGAAUCUCGGCUUCGCCAUGAUUUGGUAACUGUUA